GCAACCCGUGUAAAAAACAUUAACAUCCGGCGGCGUCAUCACCUCUGAGAACGUUUAGCCUCGUAUUUUAUAUUUGUUCAUUUCACACAGCGACAAAAAUGCCAACACUGUGUUCAGCAUACAACUGCAAAAAUCGCGGUCCCAAAGCUGAUGUAGGAUUUUUUAGUUUCCCCAAAAAUGACCCUGAAAGACGCAAGCGAUGGAUUAUUAAUAUGAAGUGGAAAGACUGGAAUCCGCAACACCACCACCGUGUGUGCUCCAUUCACUUUGAAGACAAGUACAUUUGCCGGAUGGACAAACGUCAACGUCUCACGCCAGACGCAGUCCCGACCAUUUUUGACUUCCCAGAGAACUUUCAAAAGAAGAAGGCAUCCAUCCACCCACAGAGUAGAAGAGCCAGGAGUGAUGGGUUGCCAGAGAAGUAUACUGCUGCCCAUGCUGUUACAGUGGCUGAACCAGUCACAACACCAAGCCCCACCAUCACAUCAGAGACAAGCAAGCCGGCUAAAGACAAUGCUAAAGCUCCAGAAAAAGUUACCUCUUCAAGUUGGUAUAUCCAUGUAGAUGAAGAAAUCCAAAUGGCUGAAUCCCUCCCAGGUUUCUUCCACAGUGAUUACUGUCUACCACAUAGUAUUCGCUGGGGAUUCAAAGAUGAUGUUGCCCCGAAGGUGGCAUGUGAGAACAUGGAGUUCCAACUUCCACCUCUCAAGCACAUAAUAGAGAUCACAGAGGCAUGGGAGUGGCUGGGUAUGGACAUUAGAGGGCCACUGCCCCUAACACCGAACGGACACCAGUACGUUCUGACCUUGACAGACUUCUACUCCAAAUGGGUGGAGGCCUUCCCCCUGAAAGGUUGUAGCUCUACUGAGGUAGCGCAGCAUGUCGCUGAAGUCAUCUCUCACUUUGGAUUCCCUUUUGGAAUCCUUGUUCGACUAAAGAGGAAGUUUACCAGUAAGAUCAACCUUGCCUUAAACAGUCAUCUGAAGCUGAGGGGGUUCUCUCUCUUAUACCGUCAUCGGCAAGUUGGAUCACUGGAUCUGGCCACACAGACCCUGAUCAGCAGGAUGGUGUCUGAUCUUGUGAAGGACCAUCCAGACAACUGGGAUGUCUGCCUCCCUGCAAAGGUGUUCAGCCUGUGUUUCAAGGAGCACCCCAAGACCAAGCAGAGACCUUUCUCUCUGCUGUGCUGCAAAGGACCUCAGCCGGUCACCACCCCUAGGGAUCUGUCUUUCAGUCCUGCAGAGCUCAGAGAGAGUUCCUUUGCAAUCCAGUCAAAUCAAGAGGGUGGUCAUGACACUGAUCCGCAAGACAUCGUUGGCAUUGAAUCUGGAAAGGAAACAGCUGGAAAGAGCACUGUUACGAGAGUCUCCUUUUUAAGAAGCAACACCGAGAGUAACAACAACACUGACGGUAACACAUAUGGUAACCCGGACAGUCGCACGGAGGGUAACCCCGACGGUAGCACGGAGGGUAACCCCGACGGUAGCACGGAGGGUAACCCCGACGGUAGCACGGAGGGUAACCCCGACGGUAGCACGGAGGGUAACGCCGACGGUAGCACGGAGGGUAACGCCGACGGUAGCACGGAGGGUAACGCCGACGGUAGCACGGAGGGUAACGCCGACGGUAGCACGGAGGGUAACGCCGACGGUAGCACGGAGGGUAACGCCGACGGUAGCACGGAGGGUAACGCCGACGGUAGCACGGAGGGUAACGCCGACGGUAGCACGGAGGGUAACACCAACAGUGAGCGAUCCUCUGAAGAACAUCAUGCCAUGGAAAACUGAAUAAUUGAUUGGAUGAGCGCUCUAUCGGGGGUGUAGUUUUUAUUUUUAUCAUUUUGAUUAGAAACACUUGUCUUAUGGUUGUUUGGCUGGUGUACUGGGUCAUGAUUGUUACACAGGAGGAUGAUAGGAGUUUAUGAACCAACUGGAUCAAUUCAAAAUCAGUCAAAACAUAAUGCAUAGCAUCAUAGAUGAUGGAAUAGUGAUAAGCUUAUCCUAAAAGCAAUGUCUUUAUUUUUCACUGUAAACUUUUUUUUUCUUCCAGUAAAUGAAUCCAAACAUG